AUGUCGUCUGCCCUUGCGUCUGCUAUAACCACAGAAAUUGUAUAUGUUACCCCGUUCAGCGCCGAGGGGGCCACACAAAUGCUCUUCGAUAUGGAAAAUGGGCUAAUUCCACUGAUCAGUCACAUUUUCACUCGAUGUGGCGUAUCACCAAAUAUGAAUUAUGACGAGGCUUUCGUCACACUUCUUGGUUCACUUAAGUUGUUAUCAUUACCGUGGGCUGUGAUAACAUUGAUGAGAGAUGAAAUUGACCAGGUCAUUUUCCUACUUCUCUUAGUGUUUGGAAUGUAA